AUCGGCGCUAUGGGUUUUAACAGGGAGUUUGUAAUCAGCGGGACUGCGUUGAGUCCGGUCGUGCAUCACUCGUAGACAAAAUGGGGAGGCUGACUUUUUAUGUCCUUUGGUCCCUACGCGACGCCCCCCGUCAGUUUAUCAGCAAAUCCAACCGAAGGUGCUUUCAAGUUCACAUCCCACUGCCUCUGCCUAAACAGCUGCUUAUCUUUGGCCUCGGAGAAUGGAAAUGCAGUGAGAGCACAAUCUCAGUCGAGGUGCUGGUCAGUGAAGAGGUAAAGGCCCAGAAAAUUGGGACUUUGUCAUCUCAAACGAGGUGCCUUAUCUGGGAGGGUGAUUGGGCUCCUGACAUUGUCACAGAGGCGGCAGAGAAAGGAAGGAGGGGAGUUUAUGGCAAGAUUGUGCUGACAGUGUGUGGACAGCCAAAGGAUAAAACCAGUUUCAUCAGCAGCACUCCACUAGUGCAAAGGAAACGUCUGUUCCCAGAGCAGCAUAGCACCGCCACCGAUCUCUCCCAUCUCUCCCACACAUUACACCAGAGCACUGGAAGUGAGAAGAUAACUCCAAAUUCCUCCCACUUUGGAGAUAGUGUUUGUUAUGCUGAGCUCCACGCUGAUAAGACUGAAACCCAUGACUCCACUUUGGGAAAUAAACACCCUGUUUGGCCUACGGAGAAGACACCCAAGCGGACAAUUAUUGGUAAGAGAGGCCACCUCACAUGGAGUUCAGAGGACAUGGAUAAUCUCACUGAGGAGCUGGAGAAACCUUUAAGCCCCAAGAAAGUGAAGCUGUCAAGGAUGAACAGCCGGGAGGAAAAGAUCGCACAGAUAAACAGCGAAUGCAGAGCAGUGUGUCCAUCAAAGCGAUGGAGCCAUGCUUUAUGUCUGAGUGACCCUGAUACAGCCAUUCUGAUUGGAGGGGAAACAUCUGAUCAAAAUUACUGCAAGGACUCUGCCUGGAAGCUUGAAAUAGACAAUGACUUCUGGUUCCCCAUGACCUCCUCCACCUCGGAACCCAUACCACCUUGUGCCUGCGGCCACUCUGCAACCUACGACCCCGAUUCGAAGGCAGUGUUUGUAUACGGUGGCCUGAGGGAGGGUCAGCGCUACAAUGAGCUGUACAUUCUUGACACCCUGGCCUGGAAGUGGAGGCUUGUCACUGCAAAAGGAAAUGUUCCAAAUUUGGCAUAUCACUCGGCAGUCGUUUAUAAGAAAGAGCUUUACAUCUUUGGCGGAGUUCAGCCGAGCCGCUCUCCUGUGGAUCAAACCUGCAGUAAUGCUCUGUACAUCUUCAACCCAGAGUUUGAACUCUGGUACCAGCCCAUUGUGGAGGGCGAGAAACCCCUGUCUAGGUUUGGGCAUUCAGCCACACUGCUCUCAGACAAGUUACUAAUAUUUGGUGGCCGGAAAACUGCAACAUAUCUGAAUGACCUGCACAUGCUAGAUCUGGGAUUUAUGGAGUACACAGCUGUGAAAUGUGAUAACAUGCCACCGCUGCCUCGGGGGUUCCAUGCAGCGCUCCCAGUCUCAGAAAACAGGAUGUUAAUAAGUGGGGGCUGCAGUGCAGUUGGAGCCCUGCAGGAUGUGCAUAUCUUUAAUGUUGACACUAACAUGUGGAGUUCAUUGGUGUGUCCUCUGCUUUGCUCCAAGCCUCGUGCUGGACACAGCAUAAUAAAUUUGGAUUAUUCCAGCCUUGCAAAUAUUCAGAGUCAAAAGCAGGGAAAACAUGGGAAUAUCCAGUGCACACUCCUGGUGUUUGGUGGAUCAGACUGCUCUGGUACUUUCUACAACGACACAAUCAAGUGCAAAGUUGAGAUCCCUGGUGACAAGUGAUGGGCAAGACUGAAAGAAGAAUCUAGGAUGGAUUUAUCUGGAAUGAAAACAGGAUGGGACACUUCGUUUUCCCUAAAUUGAUGCCCCUCAGCGAAAGGUGCUGUAAGCCAGUCUGAUAAUGACAUAAAAAAUGCUGCACUCUCAAAGAGUAUUUGUUAGUCUGUAAUAGUAAUUCUUUGUCUUAAAUGAUUAUUUUCUAACUAUGCACUGUGACAUUUUGUGUCCUGGUUUCUGCAGAUUAGUUUUAAUUGGCCCUAAUGGGAAUUUAACCCAGUAACAAUGUAAUUGGGAUUUAAAUUACUUGUAAAUGGAGAGCCAAAUUAAUUUGACUUGAUGGUUGUUUACGUUUCCCCCUUUUUAAAAAUAAUUUCUGAUACCAUCCCUACUUCCUCCACAUACAUCCUGCAAACAGUGGUUUGAGGGGUUUCGCACUUGCACUAUAAAUUGCUCAUUCACCAUGCUUUGUAGACUGUUUAUGUCCUUAACCUUUUCCACACAGAUCACAGUGUGAAGAGACAUUCAGCUGUUUUGACACAUGUAUGUGGGGGAAGUCCUGGAUUGGGUAAAAUGAAUAGUCAACUCCAAUAAAUGUUUUAACUCAAAUAAUUCCCUGUUAUUUAAAGCAACCGCAAUCAAUCUGGAUUAGUAUUGAAGUGUUUUAUUAAGCAAUAUACAGAGUGGCAUUCCUGUCUCUCAGAUGUUGGUAAUCCAUUAUUUUAUGCACGCAGAUCAGCAGGUGUGUCGGGCUGACACGAUGGGUGGCUCACUUUGAAAGCCUCAAUCUCGAUUAAGGUCUGGUUCAGCCUUUUGAUUGUUGGAUAUUUCCCGACAUCCACUUUGAACCUGUUGGGGAUUUAAACUUCAGAGUCAUGCUUUGUGUAGAGAAGCCGUGUGUUUUUAAGGUUAUGAGUGUCUGUUUAAAGUGAGUCCUAUGUCAUUCUUUCUUGGAGAAAAAUUAACAUAUAUUAUCUAUCUAAAUAAUGAGGAAAUGCAGAUAUGUAAUGAGUAAAUAACUUUAAUCAAGCACAGAAUGUCAUAGGAUUCUUGAUAAAGUAUUUUGCAUUGUGUUUCAGUGUAUUUCUUUUUAAUAGAAAGUAAUAGUAUUUGAGGAUUGAUGUUUUCAUUGACUUACUACAUACCUCUCUGCAUUGUAUACUUGUGGGACCAGACAGAUGUCUGCCAUGGAGAUCUAAGACAAUAAGCACUUGAUUAUUAGAUGAAAAGCCUUGAAUCUCUGUUACUAUGCCCUAUAAUAUCACAAAUGUCCUCUUACCUCAUCCCCAACACAGUAUUUCCCUGCUGUUUCUUUCAGAAUGGGCUCUAGAGCUGAAAAUGUUCAAAAGGUUGAUGUGAUUAAUCCUGUUCGGGGUGACUGGUGAGGAACUGUUAGAAUAAUUCUGGAUGUUAAGUUGUAAAGAUAGGCCUCCACCAACCUUGAAAACCACGUUCAAUGAAAUGCUGUGCCCACUGCACCUUCUCUGCUCCUAUCUUCUGGAUCACAUACAAAUUCUGAAACAAUACAGUAUGAAUGAGUAAGAUAGCAAUGUUGUAAUUUUAGGUAACUGUAUUAUUUGACCAUGUUGUGACCUUUUGGAAAUAAACUACCACUGUUUCUGUG